GGCUUCACCCGGAUUAUAUUACCUAUCCUCCCAGUCGGACUCUCGCCAUCCAGCGCUUGUGCGAUUGCAGCAGAUGUUGUCAGUAGCCCUUUCAACGCUUCACUGCAUCCAUCGUCCUCACUCCUCACUCCUCCCUCUCCUCUUCCAACCUGCAGCAGCAGCAGCACCGUUGCGAGGGGAGCCUGCUUCACUUCAGCUGUGAAUCCUGUUCGCAAAAAAUUAAAGCUCUUAGCAGCAGCAGUCGUCGCCGCCACCUUGAGUUUUGGACACUGAUCCUUCAAUUGUUACCCACUUGUUCAUCAUCCCUUUAUGGAGAGAAGGAGAGCGCUGCAUGUUUCGUCGUAGAAGUUGCUUGAUCAGCGAAUUCACGUUUGCCUUUUUCUGCAUCGUAACCAUUGUAAUUUCGGUGGAGGAGGAUUUUAUUCAAGACGGAAUUUGCUCGGAAGAAUUUCGUAGAGCUGAAGAAGGCAGUUAGAUUGGUUGCGAAGCAGGAGGUAGAUCUGAAGGGAAGCCAAGAUGGCUGGGGGAGGAGUUGUGAUGGCGGGGGAUAUCAAGCACUACCCAGGCCGCACAACUUUCUUCGUGAUCAUGGUCUGUAUAGUGGCGGCAUCAGGAGGUCUUAUGUUCGGAUACGAUGUCGGAAUUUCAGGUGGUGUCACGUCCAUGGAUGAAUUUCUGGCUAAGUUUUUCCCGGCGGUGCUUGAGAAGAAGAGGGCCGCGGCAGCAACGGAGAGCGCAUACUGCAAGUAUGAUGACCAGAAGCUACAAGCAUUUACGUCGUCGCUGUACAUCGCUGCGCUCGUAUCGACCUUCUUCUCGUCUUACACCACUAUGCAUUACGGUCGCAAGGCCACCAUGCUCAUAGCCGGUAUUGCCUUUUGCCUGGGCGUCAUCUUCACAGCCGCUGCCGCCGAAAUCAUCAUGCUCAUCAUCGGGCGCGUCCUGCUCGGCUGGGGUGUCGGAUUUGCUAACCAGGCUGUUCCGUUGUACCUUUCGGAGAUGGCGCCCUCAAAGUGGCGAGGGGCGCUUAAUAUCCUUUUCCAGUUGGCGGUGACCAUCGGCAUCCUCUUCGCAAAUCUCGUGAACUACGGCACGGAAAAGAUGGCCCGCAAUGGAUGGCGUGUCUCCCUCGCUAUCGCCGGCCUGCCUGCCAUCUUUAUCACCCUCGGAGGAAUCCUUCUGCCCGACACUCCCAACUCUCUCGUGCAGCGUGGCAAGCAUGAAAGAGCCCGCCAGGUUCUUCGCAAAAUUCGAGGCAUUGAAAACGUAGAAGAAGAGUUCGACGACAUUCUGAUUGCCAGUAACGAAGCUGCCGCCGUGAAACAUCCUUUCCGCAACAUUCUGAAACGCCGCAAUCGUCCACAGCUUGUCAUAUCCAUGAUCCUCCAAUUCUUCCAGCAGUUCACUGGAAUCAAUGCAAUCAUGUUCUACGCUCCUGUUUUGUUUCAAACCUUGGGAUUCGCAAGCUCCGCUUCUCUUUACUCCGCUGUCAUCGUCGGUGCCGUGAAUGUACUAGCCACUUGCGUUGCCAUCACUCUUGUAGAUCGCAUCGGUCGGCGCUGGUUGCUACUCGAGGCCUGCAUCCAAAUGUUCGUCGCACAGACGGCGAUUGCGAUCAUUCUUGCGUUAGGAUUGGAUGGCAAUUACAUGCCAACCUACCUGGGAUGGAUUGCUGUGGCGUUGAUCUGUGUGUAUGUAUCCUCCUUCGCUUGGUCCUGGGGCCCCUUGGGAUGGUUGAUUCCCAGUGAGAUCUUCCCCUUGGAGACCCGAUCCGCAGGACAGGCAAUCACGGUGUCGACGAACAUGGUCUUCACCUUCCUCAUCGCCCAAGUGUUCCUGUCAAUGCUGUGCACAUUCAAGUGGGGCAUCUUCCUCUUCUUCGCUGCUUGGGUGGUGGUCAUGUUCCUGUUCACAUAUUUUUUCAUCCCCGAGACCAAGGGCAUUCCCAUCGAGGAGAUGGACCUCGUCUGGACUCGGCACUGGUUCUGGAAGAAUUACGUCCCCCAUCCCGACACUCUCGCGCAUCCUAAUGGCAUCCCCAUGGAGGCCAUGAAGACCAGCAAGCUUGAGGAUGGCGCUGCGAACGGCCACAAACUCUGAGCUGGGCAAAUUCACCAUGACAAUGAACAAGAUCAGGGUGGAAUGCCUGUUUCUCCAAGCUUGAUCAUUUUGUAUGUACAGGGUGACAUUGUAGAAUUUUUUAAAAGAUAUUGAUCUGCUUCAGAAAACAAGGAUUGAUUGGUCGGAAGAGGAGGAAUGAACGUAAACUAGAAGCAUUGCUCUAUAUUCAGGUGAUGCAUUGUCUUUCUGCACUAUGUAGGUUAGUUUACUUGAUGUGGGAAGGCAGCAUCUCGAUGUCUAUAGGAGAGCUAGGCUUGAACCAGGUGAGUGCCGGCAUUUUCAAUGCAACUCAACUGGAGUUGUUCCACUUUAUAUAUAAUCAUGACACAACAUUUUUGACUAUUCAAAGGUUUCUAGUCGCUAGAAAGAAGGCAUGUGGAUUGACUCGGGGGCGAGAUAGGGGCAGGAUGUCCAUCCUACUCAUGCAUAGUCUUCCUUCUGCAGAGUUCAACUUGUAGUGCAGAUUGGAGCUGAGUUGGAAACUAGGCUCUGAUAGGAUCAGCAAUGUCAGUCAAACAGCACAACCUAUUCGGCUUCCCAGCAGAUUUUUAAAACAAUUCAUGGACUCGCAGUCUGUUUUCUAGAGCUGAAAGAAGUGUUGCUCUAUUCGCAUCAGAACGGAGGAAGAGCAGAAAUGGAGAAUUGCACUGCAAAUUAGUACUCAGUCCUGAAGCGAAGCAGCUCUUAGUGCUCGUUAAGGCCAUUUCCAUUAUCUUCUUGGUCCUUGGCACCAGAAGCAGCAGAAGUAAAGCCUAUGUUGGAAUUGCAUC